UCCAAAAUCUAAACAAAAGCUGUUGAAGCUGCUGCAAAUUUGCCAGUUUUUUCAAAUAUUUCCGACCUAAAGCGGUGAAAUUAAGUAGGAACACAUCGACAAGAAAAUCAUCAUGCUUCCCUGUGUGACAAAUUAGCAUAUUUGGGUGCCGAUGUCGGCAAUGCUUGGCUUGGAAGAUCAUGGCAAUGCCGCCAUGGAAAGUAGAGAUAUCGACAAGAGCUUUGAGAGUAAAAACAAGAAAAAAAUAUCACCAUCCAUUAAAAACUUCUUCAAAUCCAAUCCAGAAAAGGUUGAAAGACCUGCUAGCAGUAAUAAUAUCAGAAAAUUCUUCCUUCCUUCACCUCCUGACAAAAAACAAGAUGUUAGUAAGCCAGUAGACAAAUUCACUGAAAAGAAGACUAAACAAGAAAGUGAAGAUGGUGAAGAAAGACAAACAACUUCAAAUCCAUCAAAAAAAGAAAAGAAGGUCCACACUUCAACUAAGAAAGCUAUGCCCAAGUGGUCACUGACUUUGAAAGGUACCAAAAAUUCCAAACAUGAUGAAACUGAAUCUGUAUUUGAAGAGAUUACCGAGGAUAACUUUGAGCAGAAUAAUAGACUAAAAUUGAAAGAUCAAAUUGGAAAUUGCAGCGAGGAAAAUAUGGAACUAAAAAAGCCAAAGAAGAAAGAAAAGAAGAAAAACCUCAAAGGGACAACAGAUGUUGUUUAUGUAGAACCAAAUAAAGAAUUAAGUUUAAGGGAAAGUAAAGAGAUGUUAAUUCAAGAAGAGUCCAAAAUUACACAGAAAGAAGAAGGAAAUCUUAAAGAAUUGAAACCCAGCAGCAAUGAGGAUUAUCCUGCCUUAGAUACUAAGAGAAAGUCUAAGAAAACUCACAAGGAUAACUUGCAUGCCAAAACUGAUUGUUCAAAAUCAAAUGCCUUAGAGACACUCCAGAAAAAGGAAAAUGCUUUAGAAAUUCUUAUGAACAAUUCUAGAAAUACCAAAUUUAAUCAAAAUGAAUGUAGCUUAGAGAUUACUGAAGUUAUUAAACCUAUAGAAGAAAAGCAACUGAAGUCAAAGGACUCUGUCAAUGACCAUGAAUGUCCCAUGGAAGUCAUUGAUUAUAAAGAAGAAGGCAGCCAAGAGCCUACUAAGUCCUCUACUAGUGACACUAACACAGCUAAUGCUUUUGAUAUUUUAAUGAUGAAGAAAUCAAGCAGUGAAAAUGAGAGUCUAAAAGCUGAAAGUCAAAAAACAUCCAAUCAUAAACCACAUUCUUUUAAAUUGAAUAUACGCUACUCAAAGUCUGCCAGUGAAUCUGCCAGUAGUGACAUUGAACUGGAUAAAACCAUUGAAGAUUCUGAGAGACCACUCAAGACUAUGUCAAAGAAGGAAAAGAAGAAAAAGAAGAAACUUGAGGAGAAUCAAGAUUCAACACUAGUUGAUAAAAAACUAUCAAAGUCGUCUGAUAGUAGCACAGAGAAAAUAUCAGCCAAAGAGGGAGGUCAAGGGCAAACUAAUGUUGAGCCUAAAGAUAAAAUGACAAAAGUAAUGAAGAAGAAAAGAAAGACACCGAAGUCAACAGAUUUGCCUGCUAGAGAUGUCCCAAUCUUGGUACAGGAUGAAAGCAAUUCCAGUGUCGUGGAACUAAUAGAAAAAACAACUAAGAAGCAUGAUUCAAAGUCUAAUGAAACCAGAAGCAUUCUAACUUCUCCUGGUAUUGAGGAUUUUGAAAUCACUCCUAUGAGAAAAGGUCUGAGAAAGAGGACAUCCAGUAUAAAUUAUGCUUUGAUGAAUGAGCCGAUACAAACUGACAUCAAGAAAAGUAAAAGGGAAGAAAAGCAGAAAAAAACAAGUGAUAAAAAGAAAAGAAAAACCAAAGAGACUGAAAAAUUAGAGGAUAUGAAAGGAGGCAACAAAGACAAAAGGCUUAAGAAAGAGAAAGGGAGCAAAGUGACUGCAGAAAGAAAACAAACCGUUAUUGACACUGAGAAAGGUACUAUAGUCAAUCAGGAAAAGGAUGUCUCAGCAGCUAAGAGAAAAGGAGCCCAAGGGACUAAAAAAAGAGGACCUUCAGGUACCACGGAUAAAGGGCACUCAGUCAGUAAGGAAAAAGGGACGUCAGGUACUAUGGAAGAAAAAACCUCAGGUAUUAAGGAAAAAGGAGUCUCUGCCAGUAAAGAAAAAGGGGCCAUAACAGUAAGGGAAAAGGAAGCCACGAGAAAUAAAGAGCAAGGAACAUCAGGUGACAAAAAGAAGGUAACUCUAGUUAUUGGUUCAGAUACCAGUCCUGAUAUUACAGAGGUGAAGUCCUGCCAGAGUGAAAAGAAGAAGUCAGAAAAAACAUCUUUGGCACCUCAAAAGCUUGCUCCAAUAUUCUUAAAACAAAAGCCCAAAGAAAAGGCAAAGAGUGACAUCAAAACUACUCAAAAAGAWKUAGAAGUAACAGCAACAAAAACAUCCACAGAGCCAAYAAAAACCCAGCCUWCAAAGCAGCUAAAUGAAGAAGAACUAAAGGCAGCCAACACAGCCUUCCUUGCUCUCUUUGCCAGCAGCAAAACAAUCAAGGCAGCUCAAAAGCCUGCAGUGCWAGCUAACCAGCAKCCUACCCCAUGGCCAACUGUAAGUCAUGUGACUCAGUGGAGUGAAGAGGACCAAUCAAAUGUAGGGAAAGUGAAUCAGAAGUUUGCAGUGGCAGAAGAGGUGACAUUGUCAGGUAAACAUGGUCUUUAA